AUGGAAGGAGAAGUCUUUAUGUUGAGAAAUUCUUACGCAUGCCCAUUUGAUGAAAUUCAGUUUUCAAAACAAAAAAUAACUUACCAGCAUUAUGUUUGUGAUGAAAAGAAGGAAAAAUGGAAGCCCUUUUGUUCUUUGAGUUGUUCAAGAAAGCCGUUUCUGUUUGCUCAGAUUUUCUUGGUAUUUCAGCUGUUUAUUUGUGCGAUUCAGCCAGUUUCAAGCGAGGCUUGGGAUGGUAUAAUUGUCACAGAAGCUGAUUAUCAAGCCCUCCAAGCCUUUAAACAUGAAUUGGUUGAUCCAAAGGGCUUCUUGAAAAGCUGGAAUGACAGUGGCUAUGGAGCUUGUUCAGGUGGUUGGGUUGGAAUCAAAUGUGCACAAGGCCAAGUAAUUGUAAUCCAGCUUCCAUGGAGAGGUUUAGGUGGCAGAAUCAAUGAAAAAAUUGCCCAAUUUCAAGCUUUAAGAAAACUUAGCCUCCACGAUAAUGUAAUUGGUGGUUCAAUUCCAACUUCUUUGGGAUUUUUGCCCAAUUUAAGAGGGGUUCAAUUGUUCAACAAUAGGUUUUCUGGUUCAAUUCCUUCUUCACUUGGCAUAUGCCCACUUCUUCAAACACUUGACCUUGGUAAUAAUUAUUUGUCUGGGGCAAUCCCAUCUAGUCUUGUUAACUCUACAAAGCUUUUUAGGCUUAAUAUUAGCUACAAUUCUUUGUCUGGUUCAAUCCCUGUUAGUCUUACACAAUCUCCCUCCCUUGUAUUCCUUGCUCUUCAGAACAACAAUCUUUCAGGAAGUAUUCCUUCUUUUGGGAAGUUAAGUGAGCUUCAAGAGAUUUCACUUAGUCAUAACCAAUUGAGUGGAGGUUUACCUAGUAAUAUUGGUAAUCUCUCUAGGCUUAGAACAGUUGAUUUCUCAUAUAAUGCCAUCAAUGGGAGCUUGCCUACUAGUCUGUCUAAUCUACAGAAUUUAUCAGUUCUCAAUUUGAGGAAUAACCAAUUUAAUGGUCAUAUUCCAGCUACAAUUGGGAAUAUUUCUUCAAUUAGGCAGCUUGAUUUAUCAAUUAACAAUCUUAGUGGGGAAAUUCCAACUUCUCUGGGUGAUUUACUCAAUCUUAAUUCCUUUAAUGUCUCAUAUAACAAACUUUCUGGUCCUGUUCCAGCCAAGCUUUCUCGCAAAUUUGAUUCAAGAGCUUUUGUGGGAAAUCUUGAACUAUGUGGGUAUAGUUCUUCAACAGCUUGUCUGGUUUCACCCUUCCAAGCUCCCCCAGCUCCAUCACCAGAAGCGCUGAAGAAGCAAGGCCGAAAACUAAGUACUAAAGACAUUAUUCUCAUUGCAGCAGGGGCUCUCCUAAUAAUUUUACUUAUACUUUGUUGCAUUUUGCUCUGCUGCUUGAUAAGGAAAAGAGCUGCGGCAAAAGACGCUGAGGGUGGUCAGGCUGCAGGAAGGGCAGCUGUGGCCCGGGGUGAAAAGGGUAUUCCACCAACUGCUGGUGAAGUUGAAGCAAGUGGAGAAACAGGAGGGAAGCUUGUGCAUUUUGAUGGCCCUAUGAUUUUUACUGCAGAUGAUCUUUUGUGUGCCACUGCAGAGAUUAUGGGCAAAAGCACUUAUGGAACAGUGUACAAGGCCACAUUGGAAGAUGGUAGUCAAGUUGCUGUGAAGAGAUUGAGAGAAAAGAUAACCAAAGGCCAGAGGGAAUUUGAAGCAGAGGUCAAUUCACUUGGGAAAAUCAGACAUCCUAAUCUUUUAGCCCUUAGAGCUUACUAUCUAGGUCCAAAAGGAGAAAUGCUCUUAGUUUUUGACUACAUGCCUAAAGGAAGCUUGACUUCUUUUCUUCACGCUCAUGGCUCCGAUAUAACGGUUGAUUGGCCGACUAGGAUGAACAUAGCGAAAGGCAUGGCAAGAGGGUUGCUCUACCUUCACACAAAUGUGAACAUUAUACACGGAAAUCUUACAUCAAACAAUGUUCUGAUUGAUGAAAAUAACAAUGCAAAUAUUGCAGAUUAUGGCCUUUCGCGCCUAAUGACAACUGCUGCAAAUGCAAAUGUAAUUGCAACGGCAGGAGCAUUAGGCUACAGAGCACCCGAGCUUUCAAAGCUUAAGAAAGCCACCACCAAGACUGAUGUGUACAGCCUUGGGGUCAUCAUAUUGGAACUUCUCACUGGGAAGUCUCCGGGAGAGGCAAUGAAUGGCGUCAAUUUACCUCAAUGGGUUGCCUCCAUUGUGAAAGAGGAGUGGACUAAUGAAGUUUUUGAUUUGGAGUUGAUGAAGGAUGGCUCAGUAAUUGGUGAUGAGUUGUUGCACACAUUGAAACUGGCCUUGCACUGUGUUGAUCCUUCGGCAUCCGCUCGACCUGAAGUACAUCAAGUUCUCCAGCAACUGGAAGAGCUUAGACCAGAAACAGCUACCAGUUCUGGUGGUGAUGUUGGAGCAGUAGCAGUCCCUUCAACAAGUGAUUAA